AUGGAGGAGAGAUUCGAAUGGAGGUGGAUGGGGUCGCCCCUCGAGGAGCGGCUGCGCGAGUACAUCCAGGACAUUGUUGAGGAAGAGGAUCCUACAUGCAUUGCCAGGAAGGCCUCUGUUUACUUUGGGUCGUGGCCAUUCAAGGAUUUUUCUCUUAGGUGCUGGAAAGAGCUGAGCGAUAAGCUUCUUGGAGUCGCUUCCUCAAUUGAGAAGAAAUACUUUUCAGAAGGAAUACAGACGGGAAAGAUGUCUGCGAAGGACAAGAGCCUGUUAAUUGCAAUUUUCAAGCUUUUCCAGAGGAUAUUUGGAUACUCAAGGCAAAGGCAUCCUCUGGAUGUUUCUUCGCAGAUCAUGAGGUUUAUCUAUGCAAUGGAUCUGGAUGUUGUCAUUGAGGCAUACAAGAUGCUUGUGUUUUGCCUUAACUACUCGAUGGGGCUGGAUGAGUUUUCUGACGACCACGACAUCCUUUUCAGAUGCCUGGAGCUGGAUUCCGAGGACUUGAAUGGAGAGAAGGUUCUUAGUCUUUCGGAUAAAGCCUUUGUGGAGAUUCCUGAGAGCCUCGGAGAUGGUGAUGUGUUCAGCAUUCUUAAGAACAAUGUAAACGAGUAUGGAAAAGGAAAUCUUGUUUUUGAGCUCCGGCGAAGGAUGAGCCGCACAAACCAGGAUGAACUGAAUGUGCUGAAGAUCCUUGGAACAUGCGUGUUUCUGAUACUUGCAAAGGGGGAAGGAGCCUUUGAUGUGAUCAUUGGAAAGGUCGAUGCUCUGGAGAUUUGGAGACUUACAGGCCAGGAAUUAUCUGAAAACAUGGAGUUCGCAAUUAUGAAUCUGCUGGACAUAUUGAUCUACGACGAUUUUGACUUUUCGAAGAUCUCCCGGAUUCUCGAGCUGAACAACAACAGCGGGUUUUUCUACAGAAGAUUUGCAAGUGGACUUGAUGCGUGGACCUUUGAAAGACACAUGGUGUUCCUUGUUUACAGCACGCUUGUGGAGAGUCAGAAGUCGAAGUACCUCAAGACGGGCGUGGUCAUGGAUUCACUGUCAAGAUUCUAUGAGUAUUCGCCGGACGUCCGAUACCAUCUCCUCCGCGCAAUCAAGAUGCAUUGCAGAGAAACAAGUACAAGGGGCAUUGGCGAGUUUAUUUCUAGGAACGGCGUGAGGAUUUUGACGGAAUACCUGAGCCAUGCAGAAAAAUAUGAUCUGGACGAAAACAUCAACCUCAAAUACUCGUUCAAGAUAUUGAGUGAGAUCUACAUGGAUGGAAGAAACAGGAUGGAUGUGGGGAGCUUUGAAGACAGCUUCUUCCUCGAUGUGGUUGUUGCAACGAUCAAGAAGCUUUGUCUCCUGGACACCCGUCUUGUAUCUCUUUGCAUAGGAAUACUCUCUUCCUUCAUGUUUGACGAGCCGCUGAACCUGCCGAUCUUCAUGGAAAAGGGUGCGGAAGUUGUGCUGGAGACACAGACGUCUGUUGAGCCCACAGUGGAGUAUAUAUCUGCAUUCAUUUCGUAUAUCGAUGCGUUCUCCUUGAAUUUCAAGUUCCAGAAGGAGAUAGCCGAUGGAGGGUAUCUUUUCAAGCUGCUGGUGCUCUGCAGAGAGGGCGAGUUUCUGGGCUCGAUGAGCAGUACCAGCAGAAUGGUGUCCUUGCUGAAUGUGCUUAUAAUGCACCAUCCUGUGUUCAAGCAGGAUAUCCUGAGGUUCUAUGGAUUUACCAUCGAGUACUUCAAAAAGGUCUUUGAGGCUGAGUCGGGCAGGCCUCUUGCAGAAAAGGAGCACUGUAUCGAGGUCUUUGGCAACUUCUUCAAUCUUGUUGAAAGGAUGGAGGUCUAUCCGGAGAAGAGGGAUGUCGAUGUGUUCUUUGACAGUGUGUUUGACCUUGUUGUCAAUCCAAGAUACUCCUGCAACAUGCAGAACUUCUUCAAGGGAUCCUUUGGCGAGGUCUAUCGAGCUGUUUAUAGAGAAGCCAAUGGCUCUCUGAACAAACCCAUUGAACAGCUGAUUCUUGACACAAGAAGGAUAGUGGAGCUGGGAGGUGGAGUGUCUGGGGAGCAUGAUGCAGAUCAUUCGUGGGAAAAGGUCCUGGAUAUGGAGAACGGGGAGGGGAUUGCCAGCUUAGUGUUUUCCUAUGACAACCAAAUUGCUCUGGCCUGCAUUUUGUGCGAGGACUUUAUGGAGCUGGUGAAUGAUGAAGUAAAGUCUCGGAUGUUUAAGGCGAUGGGCGACUUAUAUCUCAUGCUUGUCCGACUGCGCGGGGCCUUUCUCUCGAUCUGCGAUCUUGAAGAGCAUAGAUUUCUGUCCACCUACAGAUCGAUAAGAAACAAGCUCGAAGAAAGUACAGCAAAGAAAGACAUCAAGCUUUAUAUCCUGCAAUCUGUGUAUUUCUGCAGCCUGUUUCUACUCCAGAAGAUGUAUCCUGUGGCGAUCAAGACCUCAUUCAGGGACACUCUUGAAUUUAUUGAAAGACUGGUAGACAUAAUCGUUCGGGAAGGAGGCGAUUCUGUAGUCUUGGGAUUAAGACUUAUGGAGAGGCUGAGCAUGAGCUUCAAGGAGGAGCAUUAUAGAGUGAUGUCCCGGGAGGAAUUUACAAGGAGUCUACUUGGACCUCAUCCCAGAAGCGACAGAUUUGUGAGUGUUGUAAACUUCUUUGCAUCCCGACUACUGUUGAGAAUGAAUAUCAAUUCUGAGCUGAGGUGCAUGUUCCUGGAGUACCUGAGAGGCGUUGAGGUUGAGGACUCCACGGAUAUUCGUGAGGUCGAGUUGGGUAACACAGCAAUAGAGGCCGUUGGGAAGAUCUUUGGGGACUGCGAUGGAACCUUAGAGCCAUUACCAUACAGUGACAUGGAUAUGAUUUUGGACAUCUACGAAAAGUUCUAUGUAUCUCCCCUGUGCGAAAAGCUGAUGGUUAGGAGGGUAAUAAGAUCGUCGAGAUGUACCAUGAGGUUGAUCAGGAUCAGAGCAUUCUCGUCCUUCCAGUACUUUCUAAUGAAGGAUCCGAAUGUGUACGAUCAUGCAUGCUUCAUCACAAAUAAGUUUUUUGAGUACUCGGACGAGUUUAUUGACAUGGCUAGCAAUGUUCUUUUGUUUGCAACGGUUGGAAGAUGCCCUCACAAGAUCGAUAUCAAGGAGAUCGGAAGAAGGGUUUCUGGCCUUGUGACAUCGGACGUUUCGUCAUCGAAGGUGCUAUUUUUUUUAAUUAUGUACUUUCGCUUACUCCACUGCUUGGAGAUGCCAAAGCCGUGUUCGUUUGGGCUUAAAAAAUUGAUUCUGCGAGUAAAGACAUGCGACGAAAUGAUGCUCAUGAGAAUACUCCUCACCUAUGCAAUAAGGCCCGGGAUCGGCGAUAUUCUGGAGAGAAUUGACUUCCCAUCUCGGAGGAUCAAGGCGAAGGACUCGGGCUUCUUAAAAUCACAUGACUUCCUGAUAUACAGGGACUAUGGCGCAUUUGUUGAAAAGUGCUUGUUGAAGUCUGGACUUGUACCUGACGGUGCUAUCCACUUCAGACAUGGAUGCCACAGGAUCUGCUCUGCGGACAGAGAAGGAGGAUUUCAUGGGAGCUCGAAUGCAGAGUCUGGACAGGCCUUCAUCAGAAGGCUUGUUCUUCUGCUAGAUUCCCAGGAAUGCUUUAGUAUGGUGAUCCAGCUUCUCUGCGAGACAAUGCUCAAUCACCCAUUCCUGCUGCACGACGUAUGCAGAUACCAAGUUUUGGACGCUGUGUACGAGAGAUGCAUUAAGAAGAUGGACCUGUCCACGAAACACAAGGUAGUUGGGGAAUCGCACUGGGCUGUGAUGAUGCUUGUCGCAGGACUUUAUUCGGAAGUGUUUUUAUCUAAAUCUAAUGGCGGAACCAGAACAGAAAAUGCAGAGGACUCUCCAUCUCCAUGCAGGUUUCUUCUCGAAAAAAUUAGGGAUGGGUCGAGUGAAGACUUCCUGAACGUAUCAUUCAUACUUGUUAGAAGCCUAACGCCUAUGUUCGUUUUAAGGCAUGAAAACGAGGAGGAUACAACGAUGGAAAGGUUCCGGGAGAGCUCUGUCUUCAUGGGAUCUUUGGGGAUUUUCGAGGAAGUGAUUAGAAGGAUAAUAACGGUUGACGAAAAUGAUUCCAAGUACACCCUAUGCAUUCAAUACUCGUUGGAUUAUCUCAGCAGGGUUUUUAGGCAUUGCUAUGGAGACAUCCUCCAAGACCUGGAUGAUUACGGAGAUGAUGAAUCCCAUGAGAUUGAGUAUUACAGUCUUGCCUCUGAAUCCCAUGAGUUUGGUGGAAGCGCCUUUGAUUCCGACGAGAGCUACUUUGACGACUCGCCGUUUCAUGACAUUGAGGAUGAUGGGUUUAUGGAGUCUGAUGAGACAGGGAGUUCGGAGCAAUCAGAGAACAUGGUCCUUAUCAAAAGCAUUGAAAACGAUUAUGAGAUGCCAACAACAAUGUAUCUACUCAGCUCCGAAUACUACGCCAUUCCUGCGGAGGGCAGGGCAGAGGUUGAGGCCCUUAUCUGCAGAAGACUCUAUUCUGACUUGAUUGAUAAGGACACAAACUGCUAUGAAUGGCCUGCCAACGAUGUGCAGGGAAACAUGCUCUGCGAGCUGGAUAACCCAACUGUUCUCUGGAGGGAUCCUGAGAACUACUUCAACAAGAAGAGCGAAGAUAGGAGUUGUGUGGAGAGUCCAGGAAGAAAAGCAUGGGACUUUGGGCCAGCAAUGGAAGGGGGAGGCGAGGAGGACUCCGGGGCUGGUGUUGGCGGGCAGGGACCACCGAACAACGGAGACGUUGAAGAGGAGAAUGAGGACAUAGGAUCGUCUGAAUCUGAAGUUGGGUCGCUGAAUGGUGAAAUGCCACCCUUGGACCCCGAUGUUCUCAACAGCAUGGCUGCGGAGGAGCUGGAGGAUGCAUUAAAAGCCUACUUUGACGAAAGAAGGGCCUUGUCCCUGACCUAUGUACCUCUCCACAUAAGCUUUUAUGAUAGGCUCUCCCCUGAUGUGAGGCCUGUAUUCGAGGAAAUGGAAAGGAUGUACAGAGAAGGCUUUUUCUAUGACAUCAAGACCGAGUCCACCAAGGAGAGCGACGACGAGACAAUUGGAAUCAAGGAGAACUUUCUUGAGAUGGAUCUUUCGAUAUUCGGAGACUUCAUCAGGAAGUCGAUCACUGAGAAAGACUUUCCAUUUGCCAAGAGCUGGAAGUUGGUGGAUGCAUUAUCCAAAGACGCAAAGAUGAAGGGGGUUGUUUUUAAGGAGGCUGACUCGAUGAUUUCGUCGAUAGCAUCCUCCCAGCUAGGUAAUCUUAGCGCCCACGAUGCUGUGAAGUUCAGAAGAACCCUCUGUCUACUUCUUAGUGUUGUCAAAAGCUCUCUGAGAUACUACGACUACUUCCGAGAGAAUCCGGAGAUUAUAGACAGGAUCUUUAGCCUUCUUGGAAGGAUCAAGCUGACCAACGAUCUCCUAAGGUUGGUGACUGAUUUCAGCGUAGUCUUUAGAAAGGACAAGGACCUUGUUUUUGGCCGGAACAUUGAUCUGAAGAGCAUCCUUGACUGCUUUGGAAGAAUGGUGGACUCUGAACGCUUCAACCUCCUUGAAGAGUUCAUAGAGAGCACUGCCGAUCAUUUCCACACGAGGUUCCUAGAUGUCAUUUUGGCGGAGAUAAAAAAGCAGUUUUCUGCUCUUCACAAGGGGAUCGGCGCGGCAUUUCCCUCCGAUGGCUUUCUGGAGAGCCAGAAGAUAUUUCUGAGGCUUUGGAAGAUGCUGGGAAGGAUUACCGGGAGAGACGGGAAAUCUUCAGGGGAGGGGAACUCCUUGGUUAUGGAGUUAAUGAUGGACUCCUUUUGGCAUGUUUUCUUUGAGAACCAGAAAGGCAAGGAGUCUAUUGAGGAUCUGAUCAAUGUAUCUGAUAUUUACGAGGCCUUUUUCAUUGCCGGAAAGGUGUUUGAAAGCCGAUUCGAAAACGGGGGUGAAGACACGGAUGAGAAAGAGCAAUGCAGCGAGUUCAAGGCCUUCUAUAGAAAGACUAUAGAAGGACAAGCCAAGCAGAUCAACCUGCUUGUUGAUGAGAGGCCUGAAAAGCUCUUUAGGAACUUCAACGGGCUCGUAAACCGCUCGAUACUUACAUUCGGCAACAAGAAGAAGUACCUGUCCCGGAUGCUUUCUGUGGAAGGGGCGGACAAGUCCUCGUCCUUCUAUAGAGUGUAUGUGGACAGGAGCGACGUGCUCAGAAGCUCCUAUUUCCAGGUGAUGGCAAAGAGCCCCGAAGAGUUCAGGACAAGAAGACUAGAGAUCAAACUUACGGGAGAAGAAGGCCUGGACUAUGGAGGACUGACAAGGGAGUGGCUUGUUCUGCUAGCAAAGGAUCUGCUCGACCCAAACUUUGCCUUGUUUGAAUUUGCCACCGAGGACAAGACAACUGUUGUUCCCUGCAAGAACAGCUAUGUUAAUCCUGAGCACCUGUCAUACUUCAAGUUUGUUGGGCGAAUAAUAGCAAAGGCAAUAAUGGACGGAAACUUCAUCAAUCUGCACUUGUCGAAGUUUAUUUACCAGUAUAUCCUUGGAAAGAGCUGCGAUUUACAGGACCUUGAGUCUGCAGAUCCUGAGUUCCACAAGUCGCUUGUUUGGAUAAGAGACAACCCUGUUGACAAGUCCUUGGGAAUAACCUUCUCUUUCGAUGACGUGAGCUUCGGUGUCCACAGAACUGUCGAGCUGGUAGAGGGCGGUGCGCAUGUCUUUGUCGACGAUUCGAACAAGGCAGAGUAUGUAAAGCUGGCAACACAGUACAGGCUCUUCAAUGGAAUCGAGCUGCAGCUAUCUGCACUAAAGUCGGGCCUGUUUGAGAUACUGGGGAGCAAGGCUCUUGAGAUGUUUGACGAGAGCGAGCUGGAGCUUCUGAUCUGCGGAAUCCCAGACAUAGACGUUGACGACUGGAAAAACAACACCCUCUACUAUGGAUAUGCAGAGAACUCGAAAACAGUCAUCUGGUUUUGGAGGGCUGUCAAGAGCCUCGACUCUGUCUCUCGGGCAAAGCUUCUGCAGUUUGUGACAGGGACAUCCACUCUACCCUUUGAGGGCUUUUCGCACCUCCAGGGGAAUAACGAAGUACAGAAGUUCUCUAUCCACAAGGUCUCCGACAGGAUAGACAGCCUUCCUACAGCACACACCUGCUUCAAUCAACUUGUGCUUCCGGAAUACUCAUCAUACGAAAACCUCCUGAAAUACCUGACACUGGCUAUCAACGAAUGCUCCACGGGGUUUGGAUUCAUCUAA